CCGCGCGGCGCCUUUAAGGCCUGGCCUACGUGGCAGCAGCAGCGGCGGCGGCGCGGCCCGGCGCUUUCCCCUCCCGCCCUUCCCUUCUGCUGCCGCCCUCCGCGCACACAGCAAGGCCAGGCCGGGCUCCGGCAGCAGUAGCAGCGCCAUGGGCCAGAACGAUAUCAUGAGCACCGCAGAAGACUUCGCGGACCAGUUCCUGAGGGUGACAAAGCAGUACCUUCCUCACGUGGCCCGUCUGUGCCUGAUCAGCACCUUCCUGGAGGAUGGCAUCCGCAUGUGGUUCCAGUGGAGCGAACAGAGGGAUUACAUUGAUGGCACGUGGAACUGUGGCUAUUUCCUGGCCUCCAUCUUUGUGUUCAUAAAUCUCUUCGGACAGCUGAGCGGCUGUAUCCUGGUGCUGAGUAGGAACUUUGUGCAAUAUGCCUGCUUUGGACUGUUUGGAAUUAUAGCAUUACAGACUAUUGCAUACAGCAUUCUAUGGGACCUGAAGUUCUUGAUGAGGAACCUUGCCCUUGGGGGAGGCUUGCUGCUGCUUUUGGCUGAGUCGCGCUCGGAGGGGAAGAGCAUGUUCGCUGGAGUCCCUACCAUGCGGGAAAGCUCUCCUAAACAGUACAUGCAGCUCGGGGGCCGCGUGCUGCUGGUCCUCAUGUUCAUGACACUGCUACAUUUUGAUAUGAACUUCUUUUCUAUUCUGCAGAACAUUGUGGGCACAGCCCUGAUUAUUUUGGUGGCAAUUGGCUUCAAGACGAAGCUGGCUGCCUUGACUCUAGUCAUCUGGCUGUUUGGCAUCAACAUCUACUUCAACGCCUUCUGGACCAUCCCAGCCUACAAACCCAUGCACGACUUCCUCAAAUACGAUUUCUUCCAGACCAUGUCUGUAAUUGGAGGGCUCCUCCUCGUUGUUGCACUGGGCCCUGGCGGAGUCUCCAUGGAUGAGAAGAAAAAAGAGUGGUAACAGGAAUAGCAACGCUUCUUGGGACAUAAACAUGUUAAGUCCAGAACUGAUUCUCUAUGGAUUCAACAAAAACUGCCAGCAUUUUACACGUACAUGCCCCCUUCCUCUUAAAGGCACAGAUGUUUUGAAUUUGAUUUACAGUGGCACCAGUAAUAUAAUAGAUAAAAUCCUAUUUCUUCAAGGAACGUUGCCUAGGCUUAAACUAACUUCCUAGAUUUGGAACUAACCCAAGGAACCUGCAUUUUACUGAUGCUUCAGUGAGUUGCAGUAGAACAGUUGCUGUUUAAAGUCAGCAAUGCUUUAAAAUUUGAAGUACUGUGAGUGGAUACAGCUGUGUCAUUCAGGGAACUGUUGGGUUGCAGCUAUAACUAAAGAAGUGGAUCCCCUUUCUCACCCUCAUCAAUGCUGUCUUGUGCAUAAGGAGUUCCAUUGCUGGUUAUAGCAUUGCUUAUCAUGGUGGAAAGCAGCAUAAAAAAAAAAAUCACUGGUUAUGUUGCUGCUAAGAGUUCUGUAAUUCCAUUUUGUUUAACAAUAGGGGGACGCCUUUCCUGCCCUCAAAUUGAGACGAAAAGAAAACCCUGAAAGUAGUUUCAUCCCCCUCUAGGUGAAAAAAGGAAGAGGGUUUUCUAAUGUGUCCCAGUUCUGCUCUUGAGGGGGACGAGGAAGAAUCAUGUAUUGCUAAUCAGGAAGCCUGCAUGGCUAAUCAGAUGUCAAGAAGGGGGAGAUAUUCCUAAAGAGACAGAAUAUUAUAUUCUGUUAAAAUUCUGUGCCAAAAGAACUCUUUGUUCAGCAUUUUUUCCCCCAAAGUUGCCCCUCAUGAAUUCCCAAGCAGGGAGCCAAGUAGUGUUGCAGGUUCCAUAAUAAAAGCUCCUUUCAGCUUCCAUCCAUGUAUGUCCCAAAUUCACAUCUGAAUUGCAGGUUAUUUGUGAAAGCAUCUUCAGAAUUACAGAAACUCCCUCUUUCCCUGCUCUUGGUACGUGCAAGAUCAGAGCAGUCUAUCUAACCUGUAGUUAUUGCUUCUUAGAGCCACUUCUGUCAGUCUUUUGGCUGUAAAAGCCCCAGUUGACUGAAGAGCCGGGGGGCUGAGUUCAGCCCCUUCCCUCUGCCAUCUCAGACCACACCUGAGAUGCACAGGGAGGGAAUGUGGCAGUCAGCUGUGCUGCCAUCGCCCUGGCUCUCAGCUCGGGGUUCCAGCUGAAGGGUGCAAGUACAAAGCCUGGGCUGUGAGUGAGCAGCCAGGGAUGUAACUUGCAUAUUCGGAAGGAGGAGCUCCUCAGUGUAGUGGUGAGGAGAGAGGAAGGCCCCAUGUUCACCUCUCAGUGCCACAACCUCUGUGCCAUGAGCAUGCUUAGUGCUGCUCGGAGGAGGCGUUUUGCCCUCUGCUAGUCAACUAGGUGAACCCAUUUCACUAGAUCAGGAAAGAAUUCUAGAAAGCAUGAGCCCUACCACCUUGCUACCAUCAUGUUGUUUCCUUGCACUGUUGUCUCCCUUGAGAAAGCUGCUCAACUGUUUGUUCAAGGAGUAAUUCAGCUGAGUGGCUCCAGCUGCUCACCAAGGUCCCCUGGUAAGCUGAAUUGCCCAGACUGGUGUCCUUAAUGGUUGCAUUUUACGAGUACGAACCAGGCUGGGAGAACUGAUGACAAAUAAAGAGCCCUGUUGAAGGUUAAAUCAGUGACUUCAUGAUCCUAAGGAGAAAGUAGCCUAUAAUAGUAAGAUGUGCUGCUGCUGAUGGAAAAGAAUUGUUGUGGAGGAGUAAGUGAGAGGGGAAGCCAGCAUUAAAGUUCAGAUCACCACAGAAAGCUUUCUUUUUAAAUCAAUUUUGCAAGAGAAAUUUUCACCUCAAGCAUUCACUGUGCCUGUCUCUUCAUAGCAAAACAAACUGGUCCUUUCAGUUAUGGAUACGCAGCACAGGAAGCUUUUGCUCAGUUUCCCUGCAGGUCCUAGAACAGUUUUAGACUCCGUCAAGGCAGCCAUUCUCAGAUAGCUUAACUGCUGUUGGCGUUUGUAGUGUUUAUUAUAAACAGAAUGAUGGAAAACUAAGUAGCCCUGAAGUUGGCUUUCUCAACUUCUUUAUGUCCUUCUAAGGAGCUGGAUCAUGGACUAGUCUGAAAUGUUGAUCGGUUUCCUCUGAAAAUCAAGUCCCCUUUCCAAGAAAAAACCCUGGAAAAGGAGCAGAUCUUGCCCCUUGCAGCAGAAAGGUUUCGGUACCGCAGGGGCAUGAUUGGGCCGAGGCCACUCUAAGCUAUUUUGAGGCAGUGCAAUAUGCAGACUUACUAACUGUGAGUCCUGAAGCAGAAGAUUCUGGUUUCCUGCGUACACUGCUGCAUUCAUGCAUCGCCCCAAAGUACAGGGAUGUCUCCUGUGGCCGAGAAGCUCUCCCAAGCAGGAUGUCAGCUCCCAAUUGGCUCUGCAAAGUAUUCUGGAAUUCAUUCUGAAUAUAUUUUUGCUUUCUAUGUGGAAAAAGAAAUAAGUAUAAAUUCUCAUUUUAUGCUG